AUGGGCAAGCUCAUCCGCCUUGAGCUCUACAACUUCAAGUCCUACAAGGGCCACCACACGCUUCUCUUUGGAGACUCGUACUUCACCUCCAUCAUUGGACCCAAUGGAUCCGGCAAAUCGAACUCCAUGGAUGCCAUAUCCUUCGUCCUCGGCAUCAAAUCCUCACAGUUGCGGUCGUCUCAGCUAAAAGACCUCGUAUAUCGCGGCCGUGUCAUGAAGACCUCAAAGAUAAACGAUGACGGGUCGACAGCAGAGCCGGCGACGAACGGUCACACCAACGGCUUCGCUGAUGGCGAUGAAGAUGGCGCGACGCCAAAGUCUUCACGCAACGACCCAAAGACUGCUUGGGUCAUGGCAGUAUACGAAGAUGACGCAGGCGAUGAGCAAAAGUGGAAGCGUGCCAUCACAGCGCAGGGAUCGAGUAUAUACUACAUCAACGACCGCACAGUCACUGCGCAACAAUACAACGAUGCCCUGGAGACCGAGAACAUCCUGAUCAAGGCACGAAACUUCCUCGUCUUCCAAGGAGAUGUCGAGGCUAUCGCAUCGCAGUCCCCACAGGACCUGACGCGCCUCGUCGAGCAGAUAUCCGGGAGCUUGGAGUACAAGGCAGAAUACGACAGGCUGCAGGCUACCGUGGAACAGGCCUCCGAGAACCAGAACUUCCAGCUGCACAGGCGGCGCGGUAUCAACUCGGAGAUUAAGCAGUAUCAAGAACAGAAGAAGGAAGCAGAGAAUUUCCAGAGGAAGACCGAGGAGAAGGACGAAGCUAUAGUCACUCAGAUCUUGUGGAAGCUCUAUCACUUCCAGCGUGUAAUGGAUGAAUCAAGCGCGAAGAUCCAGGAGCACCAGGAGGAGCUGAAAGAAUUCCGCCGUAAUGUCGAGUCCUACGAGAAGAAGCUGGAGGCAGCGCGCAAGGAGCAAGCCACCAUUAGCAGAGAGGUUGGCAAGAUCGAGAAGAAUAUCAAGGCGAAAGAGAGACAAAUCGAGGAAAAGGAGAACAGCCUUGUGCCCAUCGAUGAGAAGGUCGAGCAAAGUAACCGCGAGAUUGAGCGAAUUGCGAAGCGGUUGGAGACUGUAAGCAAGGAGCGCGAUGAGCAAGUCAAGAUCAUCCAGAAGGAGAAGAAAGACCUUGCCACAGUCGAGAAGGCACAUCAACAGUUUGAGAACCAGUGGAAAGAGACUCUGAAGAAGCAAGGCAAGGAGCUGAGUGACGCUGAUCGCAAGGAGUACAAUACUUUGCGAGCUCAAGCCAUGGCGAAGUCUGCUGCAAAUCAGGCUGAGCUGGACUCUCUCGUUCGUCAACUGAAGAGCGAUGAGUCAACAGUAAGCAGUCUGAAAGGCAAGGUGGAGACAUACGAAGCCGCAGCCCAAAAACUGCAAGCAGAGCUGGACAACCUGAAGAAGCGAAAGGAGACAACUCAAGAGAUUGUUCGUCAAGUCCAGAGCGAGAUUGAAGCUAAGAAGAAGGAGUUCCACCAGGUGCAAUCAGAGCGUAUCCGGGCAAACAACAGGCAUACCGAGCUCGACGAGAAGUUGCAAGACGUUCUGAAGAAACUAGCGGAGGCUGAUGACGGAAGACGCCAAAACGACAAGGAGAUGAGGCUGAAGGAGAUGGUCUCGACCCUGAAACGCAUCUACCCAGGUGUGCGCGGCAGAAUUGGCGAGCUUUGCAAACCGAAGCAGAAGAAAUUUGAUGAAGCUGUCAUCACAGCCCUGGGUCGAGACUUCGACUCUGUCAUUGUAGACUCGGAGAAGACCGGUAUUCAGUGCGUUGACUACUUGAAGGAGCAGCGCUUUCCUCCAAUGACCUUCAUUCCCCUCGACAACAUCAAAGUCAACGCCGUGAACUCCGCUGUUAAGGGCACAAGUGGCGCGAGGUUGACAAUUGACACAAUUGAUUUCGACCAGUCUCUUCAGCGUGCUAUGGAAUAUGCUUGCGGAAGCUCCGUCGUCUGCGACAGCCUUGAUAUCGCCAAAGACAUCUGCUACCGGAGGAGAAUCCAGGUUAAGGCAGUGACCCUGGAGGGCUAUGUCAUCCACAAGGCUGGUCUGAUGACUGGAGGUCGUCUCCCAGAACACAAAGGAGGAAAGCGACGAUUUGAGGAACACGACGUGCAGAAUCUCAAGAAGAUGGCUGAGAAACUACGCGACGAACUCCAGAAGCUGCCACGAGCUGAUCGCCGUGGGCACGCUGAGGAAUCUCUACAGUCUGAUCUCAUCACACUAGAGUCGCGCUUGCAUGCUGCUAGAGCCGAGCUGCAAGCGUUCGAGAAGAAUGUCGCUAGCAAGAAGAAAGAGCUCGAUCAUGAGCACCGACAGCUUCGCGAAUACGAACCAAAGUACCAGCAGAAAUACAACGAGUUGGAAGCCACGCGUCAAGCGGUCGCUAAGUAUGAGAAGGCCAUCGCGCAGGUUGAAGAUAAGAUCUUCGCCGACUUCUGUAAACGGCUCGGGUACAGUGAUAUACGUUCGUAUGAGGCGCAACAAGGAAAUCUCGAGCAGGAAGCUGCAGAGCAGCGGAAUAAGUUUGAGGUGCAGAAGCAGCAGCUCAGGAGUACCUUGAAUUACAACCAGUCCCGCCACAACGAGACUCAAGGCCGAGUGAAGCGUAUGCAAGAACAACUUGAGCGUAUGAAAGCGGACGUUGAAACCUAUCAAGAAGAGAAAGCAGCCGUCGAAGAAGCCAUGGGCCAAGACCAAGAUGAACUUCAAGCUUUGCAGGAAAGCCUGGAGAAAAUUCAGGCUGAACAGGCAAAGAAGAUCGAGAAGGUGGCGGAAGCGAAGCUCGAAGUCCAAAAGAGAAGCAAAGACAUCGACGCCAGGCUGAAGCUUAUCAGCGAAUUGGAGGCUGAAAUCCAAAAGAACAGCUCCAACAGAUUUGCUCAAUUAAGAAGCUGCAAGCUGCAGCAGAUCAGUAUACCGCUGCUAGAAGGCUCCCUUGACGACUUACCCAACGAAGACAACCUGCUGCAUCAGGAUCCUGAUGCGAUGGAUGUUGACGAAGGCGAUGAUCCGGAAGUCUUGGAAGCUGCCAUGGACGAUUAUGGUAUUGAGGUUGACUUUGAGAACCUGGACGAAGAGCUCAAAGAUCCUGAGAGGGAAAAUGUAGAGGAGAUGCUUCAAGAGAAGAUAGACUCGCUGUGGGCCGAGCUGGAGAAGCUUAAUCCUAACAUGCGCGCUAUCGAGCGCCUUGAGGGCGUCGAGGCCCGCCUAAAGUCCACAGAACAGGACUUUGAGGACUCACGCGCGGCUCUCAGGCAAGCACGUGAGGAGUUUGGCAGAGUGAAAACCCAACGAUUUGAGCUCUUCAAUAAGGCCUUCUCCCACAUUCAAGACCAGAUCCAAGCCGUCUACAAGGAUCUCACCCGCUCGGAGGCUUAUCCUAUUGGAGGCACGGCUUACCUUGAUAUCGAGGAUGAUACAGACACGCCCUAUUUGUCAGGUAUCAAGUAUCACGCCAUGCCUCCUUUGAAGCGAUUCCGCGAUAUGGAGCACCUUUCUGGUGGUGAGAAGACAAUCGCUGCCCUUGCACUUCUAUUUGCCAUCCACAGCUACCAGCCGAGUCCCUUCUUCGUCCUUGAUGAGGUUGAUGCUGCUCUGGACAACGCAAACGUUGAGAAGAUCAAGAAGUACAUUCGCGAACAUGCUGGCCCUGGCAUGCAAUUCAUUGUCAUCAGUCUCAAGACUGGACUCUUCCAGGACAGUGAAAGCUUGAUUGGCGUGUACAGGGAUCAGGAGGUGAACUCCUCAAAGACCUUGACUCUAGACCUUCGGAAAUAUGUGUAA